CAAUGCACCUCAUCUACGCAUGUUUCCUGUGUCAUAGACAACAGCAGCAUCGGUGCAGUUCGCCGUGCAGAGAACGAUAAAAAUGAAGUUAUUAACACAUAACAUGUUAACGUCUAAUAUUAUAAAAGGCGUUACUAAAGGAUUUCCUUUGCAGAUAGCGGCAACAGAUAUAAAAGUGACUGAGGUAGACUUCAACCCAGACUUUAUCUCAAGAAUGAUCUCAAAAGUAGAAUGGCCAGCACUGUGUGAAGCAGCAGAAAGUAUUGGUCAUCUGGGAGACCUACCAAAGGAAUUAGAUCCUGAUUAUGAGAAGAAUGAAGAAUUCCUUAAAAAGGCUCAUCAUGUUUUAUUGGAGGUGGAGAUCAAAGAGGGAGAACUUAUCUGUCCAGAAACUGGGAGAAAAUUUCCUGUCACAAAUGGGAUUCCCAAUAUGUUACUAAAUGAAGACGAGGUUGGAAAAUGAAAUGAAAUUACACAGUCAGACUCUGUGUGUUAGACACUACCCAACCUUUUGGAUAAGACUGCAUCACCUGGGUAUCAGUGCUAAAAGUUGCUGCAUUCCAUGAAUAAUCACGGAAGAUACAACACAGACAAACAGUGUAUGGUAUACAGGAAAAAGAUGUGACUGAAGUUCAAGUUGAAGACAAGUUGAAAGAAAAUAUUGACAAUUUACUUCUGUAAAUUUUAAAUAUUUUUCUGAAGGAUAAAAAAAGUUCAAUCAUUCACCAGAAUAUGAAAAUGUUCACUUGUGUUUGAAUACUAUAAUAAAAGUUUUUUUUAUAUCUAUUUCAAAGAUGCAGUAUGACUGCGAUUUCACAUAUUAGAUGUCAAGUUUGACUGCUGUUUUAUAAGCAGUUCUUUAAUAAAUCUCCCGAAGAAUCCUUCCCUUAACUCACUUUGCCUGCAGUAGCAUUAUCAUGAAAUUAAUUCUAACAGUUGUAAUGUUUUUAUCAUAGAAUGUUGCCCUAAUGCUAACGUUACAUUACUGUUUUAUUAGCAUGCAUUAAGGGUAUAUUGGCUCUACCAACUUCAGUAUAAUGAUGAAUGUUUUUGUUACGCUGUUGUAUAUGUAUUAAGUAUAUACUGAAUUUGUUAAAAUACUUUGUACUGGAAUAACUCAUCUAUCUAUACACUCGUAAGAAGUAAUAGAGUAAUCUCAAUAAAGUUAUGUACUAGUAAUAAGAAAAUUAUUUGUAUAAUUUAGAAAAUUCAAGCUUAUUUUUAGUACAUGUAAUUUUCAUUUCAUGAUUAUCAUGUAAGAAAACAUACCAAUAUCAUGAUAUUGUUUUUAAUUCAUCUUUUUAUUUUCAGUACAAAUAACACAAUGUCCAA